UUCGAAUCACACACAAGUACACAACACAAGCUUCGAUCGAGCUCUCUACACUCUACUCAUCUUCCUGGCCUCCUGGGUACACAACACAAGCUAGUUGGGUAGAGUAAGAUUUCGGAUCGAGCAGAGCACGCAAGUCAUGGCUCGCAUGGCGGUGUCGGUGCUGGCUAUCCUGCUGGUGUCUUGUGCCGUUGCGGCGGCGGCGAGCUUCGACAAGGAGUUCGACAUCACGUGGGGUGACGGCCGCGGCAAGAUCCUGAAUAAUGGGCAGCUCCUGACGCUGGGGCUGGACAAGAUCUCCGGCUCCGGGUUCCAGUCCAAGCACGAGUACCUCUUCGGAAAGAUCGACAUGCAGCUCAAGCUCGUCGCCGGCAACUCCGCCGGCACCGUCACCGCAUACUACCUGUCGUCGAUGGGGGCGACGCACGACGAGAUCGACUUCGAGUUCCUGGGCAACGAGACCGGCCAGCCCUACACGCUGCACACCAACGUGUUCACGCAGGGCCAGGGCCAGCGGGAGCAGCAGUUCCGCCUCUGGUUCGAUCCAACCAAGGACUUCCACACCUACUCAAUCCUCUGGAACCCCAAGCACAUCAUCUUCAUGGUGGACGACAUGCCGAUCAGGGACUUCCGCAACCUGGAGGGGAAGGGGAUCGCCUUCCCCAAGAACAAGCCCAUGCGCCUCUACUCCAGCCUCUGGAACGCCGACGACUGGGCCACGCAGGGCGGCCGCGUCAAGACGGACUGGUCCCACGCCCCAUUCUCCGCCUCCUACCGCGGCUUCAAGGCCGACGCCUGCGUCGUCGUCACCGGCGGAAAAACGCGCUGUGGCGCCUCCGUCGGCACGGAAGCCGCCCCUGGUACCGCCGGCGCCGGUGCCGGCGAGUGGUACAACCAGGAGCUGGACCUGACGCGGCAGCAGCGCAUGCGGUGGGUGCAGAGCAACUACAUGAUCUACAACUACUGCACCGAUCCCAAGCGCGUCGCCCAGGGCCUCCCCGCCGAGUGCUCCAUGUAGGUGACAGCAGGAGCGGACGGAGCGCCUAUACGUUGAUCGCCGGAGCAAGAUUUGGCCGGCCGGGGAUGAGGAAAAUGGGGGCGUCUGUAUAAAUAUCUGAAUAAAUAAGGAUAGGUGAUGGGAAAAUGUGUAAUUGUAGCCGCUGGUUCGUAGGGUCUUCUGUUUGUUGUUCGCCACGGUCAGCUCGUGUGUAUAUAUGUCUCCUCUCCUGUGUUCUUCAGUGUAAAGGUCGUUCUUGGAAACAGCGUAAUCUUUGUGGUUCCUUUCA